CGGGGCUCAUGGGAUCCGUGUCGGUGAUAUUGUUCGUGUGAAUGACAUUUCGUCGCGGGCUGGGAAGAAGAGUGGUAGUGGGAAAGAGAAAGGGAGGGAUGCUGCGAAGUCCGCUGGGAGUUCGACGGGGGCGGAGGGUGUUGUUACGAGAGUUGGGGAUAGGAGUGUUUGGGUUGCGUUUGGGCAGAGAGGGGGUAGUGGUCGUUCUAAGGAUGAUGAUGAGGCGGUUGAAGAGCUUUGGGGAAAGAAGCUUUGGCUGUAUGCUUUCAUUCCCACUUCCUUUUGUCUUUACUGUGAAGCUGCAUGGAUGGAUUGCUCGUGGGUUUAGUCUUUUUUCUAUCGUCACUAACAAGAGACCGCAGUAUAAAGCUCGCCAAUGACGUGACGUUUAGACGGUACGUAUGGACAUUGCUGGGUGAAGAAUACAGAACUGACUGUUUUACAGCAUGAAUCAGACGAUGGAGAAGAUGGCUAAAAUGUCGGAAUCAGAGUACACGCACUUCAUGCGCGUCGCAUUCGGGCAUACUACCCCGUUGCAAGUGGAUUAUGAUGCUACCGGCCCCAUCGAGUUCUUUGAUCCUACGUUGAACGACUCGCAGAAAGAAGCGAUUCGGUUUGCCUUGGCUUCCAAGGAUAUUGCUCUUAUCCACGGUCCUCCAGGAACAGGUAAAACUCAUACACUGAUAGAGCUCAUCCUUCAGAUGGUUCAGCGAAAACUGCGGGUGCUAGUAUGCGGACCGUCCAAUGUGUCUGUCGAUAACAUCGUCGAGCGACUAGCUCCGAACAAAGUCCCGGUGGUGCGAAUCGGUCAUCCCGCCCGUUUAUUGCCGUCAGUUGUGGAACACUCGCUAGAAGUCCUCACGCACACAUCUGAGGCGGCUGGUAUUGUGAAGGAUGUUCGACGGGAGAUCGACCAGAAACAGGCGAGCAUCAGUAAAACAAAAAGUGGGCGUGAGCGGAGAGCUAUCUACGAUGACCUGAAAGAGCUACGCAAAGAGUUCAGGGAGCGGGAGUCAAGGUGUGUGGAUAACUUGGUCCGGGAGAGCAAGGUGGUUCUUGCCACUCUCCAUGGUGCUGGAGGAUACCAGUUGAGGAACCAAAAGUUCGACGUUGUGAUUAUUGAUGAAGCGAGUCAAGCCUUGGAAGCCCAAUGUUGGAUCCCACUACUGUCCGCCUCGAAGGUUGUUCUCGCCGGUGACCACCUACAACUGCCUCCCACCGUCAAGUCAUCUGUGCACAAGUCAAAGGAUGAGCGGACAAGGGGCAAAGGAUCAGCAUCGUCUACUAAGGACGCCACAGCUGACACAGAUAUUGCUAAGGGAGUUUCACUGGAGAAGACCUUGUUUGAUCGACUCCUUGCGCUUCAUGGACCAGGCAUCAAGAGAAUGCUAACCACACAGUAUCGAAUGCAUGAGAUGAUCAUGCGAUUCCCCUCUGACGAACUUUAUGAAUCCAAACUUAUUGCUGCAGACCCGGUAAAAGCCCGCCUGUUGAAGGAUUUACCAUAUGAUGUCGAGGAAACGGAUGACACCAAGGAACCUGUUGUUUUCUGGGAUACUCAGGGUGGUGACUUUCUAGAGAAAACCGAGGACAACGAUGUUGGGGCAAAAGAGGCGUUGCUCGGCGAGAGCAAGAGCAACGAAAUGGAGGCAUCUGUGGUAGCGAAGCAUGUGACGAACCUAGUCGAUGCAGGAGUAAAACCGGAGGACAUAGCAGUCAUCACUCCAUAUAAUGGCCAACUAGCAUUGCUCUCUCGAUUACUCCGAGAGAAAUACCCGGAAAUUGAGCUGGGGAGUGUUGAUGGCUUCCAGGGUCGGGAAAAGGAGGCUGUCGUUGUCAGCCUGGUGCGCAGUAACCCGGAGAAUGAGGUCGGAUUCCUGGGGGAGAAGCGGCGGUUGAACGUGGCCAUGACUCGACCUAAACGGCAUCUGUGCGUGGUUGGCGACUCGGAAACUAUCAGCAGAGGCAGUGGUUUUCUCAAGCGGUGGAUGGGAUUCCUAGAAGAACAUGCAGAUCUACGAUAUCCAGAUGUCGGCGAGUUGAUGUGAGAUCCAGGGCUCUAUAAGGAACCAAGCCAUGGUAUUCCCUACACUACCCCCAACAGCCUCCAGUCGCAGGAAGGCGUGCACAGCAGUCUGCCGUUUGCAGAGCUCACCCGGUGAUCUUGGAUUGCCGUUUACCCCGGAAUCUCUCGGUGGUUGCUUGGGUACAGCACGCCGUGGCGCUAUAUGCUGUAGUGUCUGCCGCACAGCCAUGUGGCAAUCGAUAGUGUCAUGCAGCAUGCAUGCAUAUUUUGAAGCCAACCAAAAGCAUCCUGUAGGAGAGGACUGAUCUCGCGAAUUCCUCUGCUGCUGGGAGUGGAGUCAACUCGGGAGUGUGCGGAUCGGUGCUACAACAACAGCUUUCAUCGUAGAGAAUUUACACAGCUCAGCUGGAAGAGAAGCAAGGGAGCGUGCUGGAAGACUUUGCAGGAAACAGCCGUAUCCAACCUUCGUAGUCGAGCAAAGGGGUCAUGCGAGGCAUUCAAACAGGCCGCUACGCAGUGUAACGUUCAGAAGCCGUCCAGGCCGUUCCUGGUGCCUGGUUCCUGGGCUGCUCUGAGAAGCAUCUCCGUCGAAUGUGAUAUCAGCUGGAAGCAAUGCAA